GCAACACAUACCUUCGCUGAAAGCACGAACUACAGAAGAAAAACACAACUUUUAUCUUUUAACACCUAAUCAUUUCAACUGACAAAAGUAACACAUACAUAUUCAAUAUUAUACGAACCAGAAGAAUGAAGAUACUUAACACCAAUUUACUUAAGUGCAUGAUUAUCAUAGGACUCUGCUUACAUUGUAUUCAUCCCGCAUCAGCAAGCGCUACAAAUAGAGCCCUCGAGAAGCAAGCUAUCGCUGAAAAUAAUGCCAGUUAUAGAUCAAAUAUUGAUGCAGCUAUGGUGAUAACAGUUGCAGUAUUAGGAGUAUUUGGAUCGUAUCUCUAUUACAGAUUGAAUAAGCAGAAUGCUAUCCAUGAUGAAGAAAAGGGCAUAGAGGAAACAAAGCAUACGGGCAUAGAGGAAACAAAGCAUACGUUCUGUUUAUUUAUAAUCUUUUCAUUGGUCUCAUUGGUCUCAAAAUACUGUACCAUUGACUCGUUCAGACUUCUUUACAACAAAUUAAGGAAAAAAGAACCAAUAUAUGAUGAAGAAAAGGCAAUAGAGAAAUCAGAGCCCAAGCCUAAGCCCUCAACACCUGCAACCACUUUGAGGGUUAUGCCUGACACUGAGAAGACGAUGAUCAAAGCUACUAAGAAAACACCUUUGGCAAAAAAGACUAAAGACAAGAAGGAGACAAAGAAGAAGAAAAAGGCUUCUUUGAAAUUUGUGGACGAAUCAAUUAAAGGGGAGGCAAUUGAAGUGCCUUCUAUAAAACAAUCCACAGAUGAGCCAAUGCAAUCAGCUCAAAGCCCACAAAUAUUUACAAUCCCUACAGAGACUAAAGACAAGAAGAAGAAGUUGACGAAGAAGAAAAAAAGGGCUUCUGUGAAAUCUGUGGAAAAAUCAAUGAAAGGGGAGGCAAUUGAAGUGCCUUCUAUAAAACAAUCCACAGAUGAGCCAAUGCAAUCAGAUCAAAGCCCACAAAUACUUACAAUCCCUACAGAGACUAAACACAAGAAGAAGAAGUUGAUGAGGAAGAAGAAAAGGGCUUCUGUGAAAUCUGUGAAACAAUCAAUGAAAGGGGAGGCAAUUGAAGUGCCUUCUAUAAAACAAUCCACAGAUGAGCCAAUACAAUCAGAUCAAAGCCCACAAAUACUUACAAUCCCUACAGAAAGCGUCACCGUGAUACAACCAGAACAGCAACCUACUGUACCACUUAGAGAGGAAUAUGUCCCACCAGCAAAUAUUCUCUCUAUAGAACAAGAAAAUGUGGCAUCAGACAGUGUUUCGGUGUCACCAAAUAUUCCAGAUUUUCACCAACCCAUUGUGAAAAGCAAGACAGAACCUAGCUCCAAUACUAAAUUAAAGCGGAUAAUAAUUGCGACUUGGAUAGACGAGAUCACAGAUGAUGAAGAUGACGAAGCAUCAGCUCAAAAGAUUAUGCCAGAAUGAGAUUCCUGCCAGAAAGAGAUUCGAUUUUUCAAAAUCUAUACUGUUUAGUUCAAAUAAUUGAUAAUAGUUA